AUGGCAUUGCCUGUGGAAUUCUGGAACCUCCAACUGGUCGACGUCAACGACACGAGCACUGCGGACGACCGAAAACUGGUGGACAUUGUCGAAAGUGUGCAAUUUUGCGUGUUUCUCCUCACAAUGACAGUGCACGUCACCGAGAUUUGGGCGCUCGCGGAGGCACAUUCGAGAAGAAUCGAAGAACUGACGAGCCCCUUCUUCAAAUUGUGUCUCGCCACGGCAGGAAUUGAUGUUUGUGAGUUUUCAUGGCUCUUGGUUAGAUGCUGAAUUCGAUUUGCAGUGACUCUUUUGACCAACUACUUUGGAGCAAUGUUCCCGAAAUGGGGAUGGUUCGUGCCGGUUUACAUGUUCCUCGGAAACGCGUACGCUCACGUUUAUUUCUAUUUGGCAUGGAGUAUGGGUAUGCACUUUUUUUCACUUGGCAACAAGAACCUACCGUAAAACAUAUAAUAGUGAAACGGCUAAAAAGCUAUAUAUCUCUGCUGUCAACUGAUAAAAUGUUCAAAAUUGUUUGUUGAACAAUUUGUUAGUUGACAACUAUUUGAGCUCUCUCCUACCAACAGAGAUAUGGCUACAAUAUCGUUCAGGAGUCUGCCAGGCGAUGGGAGUAUCUGUGCUUGCCGCCAAUCGCCUCUCCGUCAUGCUCUUCCCCACCAAAUUUCAUCUGGUAGGUUCGGAAAAUAUCCACAUCCAUUCACAUGAAAUGUAUGUCAGAUGUGGCAAGGCUACCGUAUCUGGGUGGCCAUCGGCAUCCAGUACUCGACGGGGCUCUCCAUCGGCAUCGCCACCUUCUUCAAUCGCACCCAACUGUUUCGCAACAACAAAAACGGAAUUGUGCCAAAGUUUUUGAAGUGGGCACAGUAGUCCUGAAUCCGGAAAAACAAGAGAAUUUUCAGUGAGACAAUGACGAGCGUAUUCUUCAUGAUCGGAGCCGCCUUUCUCUUCGUGAAUUGCCUCUUUUUGGUGCUCACCUAUUGCUAUCUAUUCGCCGUCCUUCAUCAGAGAAGCCAACAGAAACAGGUACAGUAGCGGCCACUGAAAUAUCCCCUUUCCGUUUUUCCGCUAUAACUUUUUUUAGAGAAGAGCAACCGGGCUAUAAUUUUUUAUGCGUAUUACAGGCAUAUAUAAUGUACUUUCUGCAAAGUGUCUUCACUGUGCUGCGAAAGAAAUAUUUUCUCUAAAAAUUUUUUCAAUUUUCACGGUUUUGCUCGUAUUUUCAAUUUUUUUUUGGAAGCUACAACGCCAAUAUUUUCCAGAGUCUUCAAUAUUUUUUGAUUUAGAUAAUGACAAAAACUAAAGGAAAAGUAGAUUUGACCCCUAACCAGCAAUUUGCAAUUGCCAGGAGGCGCGAGCAGGGACGAACUCACAGGCAACUCGCUGAGCAGUUCAAUGUCGAUCGUUCCACAGUUGGAAAAUUUUUGAAGCGCUGGAGAGCUCAAAAUGAGCAGCCAGAAGACACUCAAGGGCUCCCGUUACGAACCAUCUAACGGAUAGAAACAUCGUACGCGCAUCGUGAAGCAACCCUAGACUGAGUGCCACCGAAGUCCUCGAUCAGGUUUCCCACCGUCGAUCACCCGUGGCAAGCGUCAGAACGAUCCGACGUCGCCUAAAUGAUGCUGGACUCUUUGGCAGAAGACCUGUGAAGAAACCAUCCAUCUCUGACCGCAAUAGAGCAGCUCGUGUGGCCUGGGCGCGAGCUCAUCUCAACUGGACUCAAAGUCAGUGGGAACGAGUUUUGUGGAGUGAUGAGAGCAAGUUCAUGUUGUUCGGUUCGGAUGGAAUUUCUUACGUGAGAGGAGGGACCAGAUUCGACCCAAAAUAUCAAACUCCCACCGUAAAACAUGAUGGCGGCAACGUGAUGGUAUGGUCCUGCUUCAGCAGUCAUGGGGUCAGACCACUACACCGCAUCCGAGGCAACAUGGAUCGCUUUGUUUACGAACAGAUCUUGCAAAAUGUGAUGCUGCCGUUCGCUCGUGCCUCCCCGAGGGUUCGUUACUUGUUUCAGCAAGAUAACGACCCAAAACACACCUCCAACCACAUCAGAAUGAGUUAAAUGUCUCAAACGAUCAGUACCUUUUUUUGUAGAAUUGGUUCGCCACCAACCGUGCGACUGUAAUGGAGUGGCCCAGCAAGAACCCCGACCUCAAACCCAUCGAAAACUUGUGGGAAGAGCUUGAGAGACGCGUUUCCGGUAUCCGUACGACGAGAAAUUCUCUCAGUUGGAGACUGCGUGGGCUCAGAUUCCACAGUCUGUUUUGACCAACCUGAUCCAGUCGAUGCCAAGAAGAUGUCAAGCUGUUAUCGAUUCUCGAGGGUUUGCAACUAAGUAUUGAUCAAUUUUAAACUGUUUCUAUUGCUUAUUACCUCAUUUACAAGUCGUUUCCCGAGUGAAAUCGCAAUAAACCGGUUUUUGUUGAAAAUCGAAAAAUCGAAUUUUUUGAAUUUUUGAAAAAAAAAGUUUUUAUCGAUAAGAGCUAAACUGGAUCAUUUUUCUGGCUCAUUUUGCAACAUUUUCACAGUUGACCUCAAGUUCCUAGCUCUUCUCUAAAAAAAGUUAUAGCGGAAAAACCAAAAGGGGAUAUUUCAGUGGCCGCUACUGUAUGUCUCAGCUGACAGUAGAGCUAACAAAAAGUUGUUUAUCAAAAUAUGGUGUACAUUUUAUCAGAUAAAGCGCUUUGAAUGCAAAAAGGAUUACUGUAGAACUCGCAAACCGCCGAUUCCAGACGGCCCUCCGGUACCAAUCGAAACGAAAGGAACGUGCAAAGGUCCGUGAGGCGAAGCUCUUCACAAUGAGCACAAUCACCGUCUGCGUGCAGCUCUCCGUCCUUCUCCUCUUCGUUUUCGGCGGCUCCGACAUUCUCGGCGUCUCCACCGACCAAUUCUACAUAGUUUACAAUGCGCUCAGGUUUUCGAAUUACUGUACUUUUCCGAUUACUCGACUUUUUCAGCGAUUUGUACGCCAGCAUUAAUCCCUACUUGCUGUGGAUCUUCUCGGAUUCGCUCCGACGAUACGUGCUCCAACGACUGGGACUCAUGAAGAAGGAGAAUCAAUUUUUCGGCUCCGUCACCCCGAUCACUUUUAUUUUAGCCUAA